CAGGACCACGGACCUAAAAUACAGUUUUAACGUUGAACACUUUGAAAGUCAUUGAAAAUGAUCAAAGCAGAGAGCAAGGGUGAACGCACCAUGCGGAGUGCGUCCCCGCACAGAAAUGCGUACAAGACGGACUUCCACUCCAUUAAGUGCUCUUUUGAUGGGACCAAAUCCGACAGCGAGGCCAACUCUUAUGCUAAUGGAGCCAGCGACCCCCGGGAGGACACCAGAGGGAGGCCGUUUGGCAACCGGGUCAACAAAAUAAAGAACAUUUUCCUGCAAAUGGACGGCCAGCAACCGCCGGAGAGUCAGGAACCGGCUCACAAAACAGAUGCAUCUUCUCCUGUAUCGCCAGUGUCCAAGUUCCCGGUCAGCACUCACAGAACUUGCCUCACUAGCGCCAACAACCAAGAGCCGCAAAACGCGGACAGAACUCCAAAGGGAGAGGAAGUCGAGAUAGAUAAAGUCGCCCUGGCGGAAAAAUUUUCAGUUACCAGAAAGCUAUUUGAGAGAGGGAUAAAAGAGCAGCCUGGCACAGAGAGGCCUGGGCCCGACAGGGUUUCUACUCGCCUGUCCCAGGGGAAGGUUCCUGAGGAGGGGCGUGGGGCCCGGAGGUCCUUUGGAUCUUCUGAGAAUAGCAGCAGUAGUGUCAUCAAAAGCCCGACGUCACCCGUGAGGAGUGCCCCAGAGGAAAGGAGGGACAUUGAGGACUCAAAACAGGGCAAUAGACUGAACGCCGGGCCUAUUUCCAAGCGGUUGGAGAACUUCAUUGUGGAUGGUGACAAAGAAGAGUCAGUGCAAAGUCCUGAGAAACUGAGCAGCCCUACUGAGCGCUCGCUGCCAUCACCUCUACGAGGGAGUUUCCAAAAACCCAGCUCGCCUGGUGCUGAUCCAGCACACAAACCUACGUCCCCAAACUCUGACAAACUCUCGCCUAAAACCGACUCUAGCAGCCCUCCGUUCAUGUCCAUCAGCCCGAUUUCAUACAAACCCACCUCUCCGACCAGCAGAAGCCCCGGCGAGCCUCUUUCUCCCAAUGCUCAAAGCCCGAUUAAGCGUUCGCCGUCAUCAGGAAACGACUCGGUGAAAGACUCCACGACAAAUGAACCGCCUCAACUUAGUAGUACUCCUGCGAAAGAUCUCAAAGCUUCACCCUCUGCCAGCAGCAUAUAUAAACGGCCCUGGAGUCCGGAGGGACCAAAAAGCGAAAACCACAUAAUUCGCAGUCCGUCUAGGGACAUAUAUCAAGAGAAGGCCGCACAAUGUCUGGACCCUACUGGUGCAGGAGUGGUACGGGCCGAGCUGGUAGUGGUCCAGAACGAGUCUUCAGAAAGCGAGGAGAACGAUGAAGAGUUUUUGGAGGAGGUGAAGCUGCAAAGGGAACUUAAAUUGGAGGCGCCGAGAAAAGAUGGGACUGACUCUCUGCAGGUGUCAUCACCUCAAAACCAUACAGAGGACAAACAGCUGGAGAAGGAUGCGUGUGUAUCAACAGAGCUGGAGAAAGAGGAACCAAAUCAAGAAGAAGAAGAAGAGGAGGAGGAGGAGAUCAUCCAAAAGAGGAAUAGCUGUCAUGAAGAUGAUGAUGAGGAGAGUGAGCAGGAAGAUCCAGAUGAAUGCGGGAAAACGUCUCCGGUGUUUUAUAGUUUUGAGAACGCAGCGUUUGUGGAUAAGGAACCGGUUCAGGACCAGCAGGAUGAGGAGGAUGAAGAUGAGGUCUAUGAGGAGUAUGAUGAAGCUCCUGGUUUGUCUGAGGAUGAGGAAGGGCCUCCAAGAAGGAAAAUCAGAUUCUCCACUGAGCCGAUACGGGUAAGCAAUAUCAUUGUGGAAAAAAAUCAAUAA